AUGGAUCUAGAGGCGGGAAGGAUCGAAACAGUCCGGAUCCCCAGGAAAACGGAGGACGAAUUUGAACGCGGCAGCAGCAGCAGCAGCAAACAAGAUAAGGAAAAAACGAAGAAAGUAAAUUUGAUUGGACCAUUAACAUUGUUUCGAUAUUCUGAUUGGCAGGAUAAAUUAUUUAUGUCCUUUGGCACUAUCAUGGCCAUAGCUCAUGGGUCAGGUCUCCCGCUCAUGAUGAUAGUAUUUGGAGAAAUGACUGACAGAUUUGUUAAUAUUGGAGGAAACUUCUCCUUUCCAGUGAAUUUUUCCUUGUUAAUGCUAAAUCCAGCCAGAAUUCUGGAAGAAGAAAUGACUAGAUAUGCAUAUUAUUAUUCAGGAUUAGGUGCUGGCGUUCUUGUUGCUGCCUAUAUACAAGUUUCAUUUUGGACUUUGGCAGCUGGCCGACAGAUUAAGAAAAUUAGGCAAGAGUUUUUUCAUGCUAUUCUACGACAGGAAAUAGGCUGGUUUGACAUCAAUGACACCACUGAACUCAGUACUCGGCUAACAGAUGACAUCUCCAAAAUCAGUGAAGGAAUUGGUGACAAGGUUGGAAUGUUCUUUCAAGCAAUAGCCACGUUUUUUGCAGGAUUCAUAGUAGGGUUUCUCAGAGGAUGGAAGCUCACCCUUGUGAUAAUGGCCAUCAGCCCUAUCCUGGGACUCUCUACAGCUGUUUGGGCAAAGAUACUCUCAGCAUUUAGUGACAAAGAACUAGCUGCGUAUGCAAAAGCAGGUGCUGUGGCAGAAGAGGCUCUGGGGGCCAUCAGGACCGUGAUAGCUUUUGGGGGCCAGAACAGAGAGCUGAAAAGGUAUCAGAAACAUCUAGAAAAUGCCAAAAAGAUUGGAAUUAAAAAAGCUAUUUCGGCGAACAUUUCCAUGGGCAUUGCCUUCCUGUUAAUAUAUGCGUCAUACGCGUUGGCCUUCUGGUAUGCAUCCACUCUAGUUAUAGCAAAAGAAUACACUGUUGGAAAUGCAAUGACGGUCUUUUUCUCAAUCAUGAUCGGAGCCUUCAGCAUUGGACAGGCUGCUCCCUGUAUUGAUGCUUUUGCCAAUGCAAGAGGAGCAGCAUAUGCGAUCUUUGCUAUUAUUGAUAAUAAUCCUAAAAUUGACAGUUUUUCAGAGAGAGGACACAAACCAGAUAACAUCAAAGGGAAUUUGGAGUUCAAAGAUGUUCAUUUCUGUUAUCCAGCUCGACCUGAUGUCAAGAUCUUAAAGGCCCUCAACUUGAAGGUAGAGAGUGGUCAGAUGGUGGCCCUGGUUGGGAACAGCGGCUGUGGGAAAAGCACGGUGGUCCAGCUGAUACAGAGGCUCUAUGACCCCACAGAGGGCAUGAUUACCAUCGAUGGGCAGGAUAUUAGGAUGUUUAACGUAAGGUAUCUGAGGGAAAUAAUUGGAGUGGUGAGUCAGGAGCCGGUGCUAUUUUCUACCACCAUUGCUGAAAAUAUUCGUUAUGGCCGUGGAAAUGUAACAAUGGAUGAAAUAAAGAAAGCUGUCAAGGAAGCCAACGCCUAUGAGUUUAUCAUGAAACUACCACAGAAAUUUGACACCCUGGUUGGAGAGAGAGGGGCCCAGCUGAGUGGUGGACAGAAGCAGAGAAUCGCCAUCGCUCGGGCUCUGGUUCGCAACCCCAAGAUCCUGCUGCUGGAUGAGGCCACCUCAGCGCUGGACACUGAGAGUGAAGCUGAGGUACAGGCAGCUUUGGAUAAGGCCAGGGAAGGCCGGACCACCAUAGUGAUAGCACACCGAUUGUCUACAAUCCAAAAUGCAGAUGUCAUUGCUGGGUUUGAGGAUGGAGUCAUUGUGGAGCAAGGAAGCCACAAAGAACUAAUGAAGAAGGAAGGGGUGUACUUCAGGCUUGUUAACAUGCAGACAUUAGGAAGCCAGAUCCAGUCAGAAGAAUUUGAAGUUGCACUAACUGAUGAAAAGCCUGCCAUGGGUUUGGCUCAUCCCAUCGUUAGGAGUUCUUUUCAUAAAAGCCUGAGGAAUUCACGAAAGUAUCAGAAUGCCUUUGAUGUGGAAACCAUUGAACUUGAUGAAACUGUGCCGCCGGUGUCUUUUAUGAAGAUCCUGAAACUGAAUAAAACAGAAUGGCCCUACUUUGUGGUGGGAACUCUGUGUGCUGUUGCCAACGGGGCGCUUCAGCCGGCCUUCUCGGUCAUCUUCUCAGAGAUUAUAGAGAUUUUUGGACCAGGGGACGAUGAAGUGAAGCAGCAGAAAUGCAACAUGUUCUCAUUGCUCUUUUUAGGUCUGGGAAUUAUUUCUUUUUUUACUUUCUUCCUUCAGGGCUUCACACUUGGGAAGGCUGGCGAGAUCCUCACCACAAGGCUUCGGUCCAUGGCUUUUAAAGCAAUGCUGAGACAGGACAUGAGCUGGUUUGAUGAUCAUAAAAACAGUACUGGUGUGCUUUCUACGAGACUUGCGAUGGAUGCCUCCCAAGUCCAAGGGGCCACUGGGACCAGGUUGGCUUUAAUUGCACAGAACACAGCUAACCUUGGAACUGGUAUUAUCAUAGCAUUUGUCUACGGUUGGCAAUUAACCCUUUUGAUGUUAUCGGUUGUUCCAAUUAUUGCUGUAUCAGGAAUUGUUGAAAUGAAACUGCUGGCUGGAAAUGCCAAAAGAGAUAAAAAAGAACUGGAAAAUGUUGGAAAGAUUGCAACAGAGGCAAUAGAAAAUAUUAGGACAGUUGUGUCCUUGACCCAGGAAAGAAAAUUUGAAUCAAUGUAUGUUGAAAACUUGUAUGGAGCUUACAGGAAUUCUGUGCGGAAAGCACACAUCUAUGGAAUCACUUUUAGUAUCUCACAAGCAUUUAUGUAUUUUUCCCAUGCCGGUUGUUUUCGGUUUGGUGCCUAUCUCAUUGUGAAUGGACAUAUGCACUUCAGAGAUGUUAUUAUGGUGUUUUCAGCGAUCGUGUUGGGCGCCGUGGCUCUAGGACACGCGAGUUCCUUUGCUCCAGACUAUGCUAAAGCCAAGCUGUCUGCAGCGCACUUAUUCAGUCUGUUUGAAAGACAACCUUUGAUUGACAGCCACAGUGAGGAAGGCCUGAGGCCUGAUAAGUUUGAAGGAAAUGUGACACUUAAUGAAGUCGUGUUCAACUAUCCCACGCGGCCAAACGUGCCCGUGCUUCAGGGGCUGAGCCUCGAGGUGAAGAAGGGCCAGACGCUGGCCCUGGUGGGCAGCAGCGGCUGUGGGAAAAGUACGGUGGUCCAGCUCCUGGAGCGGUUCUACGACCCCUUGGCUGGAACAGUGUUUGUGGACUUUGGUUUUCAGCUCCUGGAUGGUCAAGAAGCAAAGAAGCUCAACAUCCAGUGGCUCAGAGCCCAACUCGGCAUUGUGUCCCAGGAGCCCAUCCUGUUUGACUGCAGCAUUGCCGACAACAUUGCCUAUGGAGACAACAGCCGGUCUGUAAAGAUGCCUGAAAUCGUGAGUGCCGCCAAAGCAGCCAACAUCCAUCCUUUCAUCGAGACCUUACCCAAAAAAUAUGAAACAAGAGUGGGAGAUAAGGGGACUCAGCUUUCAGGAGGUCAAAAACAGAGGAUUGCUAUUGCCCGAGCCCUCAUCCGACACCCCCAAAUCCUACUGUUGGAUGAAGCUACGUCAGCUCUGGAUACUGAAAGUGAAAAGAUUGUCCAAGAAGCUCUGGACAAAGCCCGAGAAGGCCGCACCUGCAUCGUGAUCGCUCACCGCCUGUCCACCAUUCAGAAUGCAGACUUGAUAGUGGUGAUUGAGAACGGCAAAGUCAAGGAGCACGGCACACACCAGCAGCUGCUAGCACAGAGAGGCGUCUAUUUCUCUAUGGUCAAUGUCCAGGCUGGGACACAGAACUGAUGAACUCUUGUUAUAGUGUAUCUUAAAAAUAAAUUCAAAUCAUUC